CAAGAAACAAUCGCGCCUUAAUAAAACAACAAAUCUCCGGCGAAAUCAUCAUCAUCUCCGGCGAUGAAGACGACGGCGACGUCGUUUGUAACAGGAGAGAGAGUUGUAGUAGCAGUCGUGGUUUCUCGUAUUCUCUUAUCUCUCCCUUUAUCACUAAUCUCCCAUGGCUUCUCCCUCUUCCUCCUCUCUCUCUCCGCCUUCCUCGUCGAGAUCCGCGCCGAGACUUCUCCGUUUCUUCUCUCUCGUUUCAGCUCCAGACGUGGUGCUUCUUCAGGGAUAUUAUUAGGAGCUGUAACACUUCCUUCUGUUAUGAUAUCUAAGUUAGUUCAGCUUUCAAGAGCUAUCUCAUUUCAUGAAGCUGAACAAGAUGAGCUUGCACAUGUGACAAUGCAGUAUUGGGCAGCAUCGGCUAGUUGUUGUGCUAUACUUAUAUAUCUAUCAGUGAUUAUGUCACAAGCGAGAAAUGCUGAAUCUUUGUCAUCGUCGUCUGUUUGGCUUAUGAGAGUUAGCUUGACUGGGACAGUGUUGUAUGGAGUAGCAUGUUUUGUCUCACUUUCCAUGAUUUCACACACUGGUUUGAAUACUUCAUUGAAAAUGUUGUGGAUGUUAUUUCACGGCCUUGCAGCUUUGAAGUUAAUUCAACAUUUGCUUUGCACCUUCCCUUCUUGUGCUUCAAUCGGGGAAGCGCUUCUUGUGACUAGUGGUCUUGUUCUAUAUUUUGGCGACUUUUUGGCAUGCACAAUUGCUAAGAUUUUCGAGAAAUUGAUACCUGUAGAUCUUGUCUCAAUAAGCUAUGGAAUAAGGAGGACUGAAACUGGCAUAAUCGUCCAGGGUCUGCUGUUGGGCCUUCUACUUUUCCCGAUAGUGUUUAGAAUCGUUCUGCAUAUAUAUGAAAGCUCCUUGAGAAAGAGAGAUGCUCGACAAAGAAACUGCAGUGUUACUGCAAAAUCUAUCUUAUUCUUUGUUUCACUUCUAUUUUUUAUUAUCGUGGCUGUUCCUUCUUGGAUGCAGUUUGUACACGAUUUCGACCAGCAUCCCUUCUUAUGGGUACUCACAUUUGUCUUUUCUGAACCUCUGAAGAGACUUUCAUUAUGUAUCUACUGGGUUCUGUUGAUCGUUGUGUCUGUCUCACGAUUUUAUAACAUCUCGAGGAAUAGCAAGGUUGAGAGAAUCUUGCUUCGGAAGUACUACCAUCUGAUGGCUGUUUUAAUGUUUUUGCCAGCUCUUGUGUUACAGCCUAAAUUUCUCGAUCUAGCAUUUGGUGCAGCAUUGGCAGUAUUUGUUGUAUUGGAGAUCAUUCGAAUCUGGAGAAUUCAGCCGCUUGGAGAACCUUUACAUCAAUUCAUGAAUGCUUUCACGGACCAUCGUGACUCAGAGCAUCUGAUUGUCAGCCACUUCUCACUCUUGCUUGGAUGUGCGCUUCCAAUUUGGAUGUCAUCUGGGUUCAAUGACCGAGCUUUAUCCCCAUUUGCCGGAAUUCUCAGCCUAGGAAUUGGAGAUACAAUGGCAUCGAUGGUUGGUCACAAAUAUGGGGUGUUGAGAUGGAGCAAGACAGGAAAGAAAACGGUUGAAGGAACAGCAGCGGGAAUAACAUCGGUGAUGGCAGUGUGCUUUGUACUGGUCCCAAUAUUAGCAUCAAUGGGUUAUAUACUAAGUCAAGGAUGGUGGUCGCUUCUGGUGGCUGUGACAGCCACCGGGAUGUUGGAAGCUUACACCGCACAGUUAGACAAUGCCUUUAUACCUCUUGUCUUCUACUCACUCCUCUGCUUGUAGUAAGUUAAGCCUAGAGUCAUUCUACAUUUUCCCACUUAAUGUACAUAACAAAGUAUCUUACUACUAACCACACUUCCUCUUGUUAAUUGCCAUAUCUGUUAAGAGAAAUAAAUUUUUGUAUAUCCUUCAGAAUUCC